AUGAAGAAUCAAGUGGGGAAAAAAACCCUCGUGAUGAAUCUCAAAAUGGAAUAUUGUCCACUGGAGGAUACCUCCUUCUUCCAAGUGAACGAAGGACAUGUUUACAAACACCACGUCGAUUUUGGCUUUUCCUUUGUGUUGCGUUCCAGACGAAAAUUGAACGUAGCCCUAAAAGUCGAGCGAAGGAAUGUCUCCUUGUUUGAGGAACAGUGUUUGGAGUUUUUAAGAGUUGAAAUAAUGAAUAAAUGCAAAGGGAGUAGUUACGUGGAAUUCUCUUUGUGUAAUCGGAUGUCUGGGACGGGUCGUUCGCUGGUUCAACUGUUAAGUGCUUACUUCGCUAGGCUGAAUUCUCCUGCCGCUCUGCACGAGGGUGCGGGGCUGAACGAAGCUGCGAGUGAAUUGUCGCGUAUCCUGCCCAGGGUUCGGCUCUACAUACGGGAUGUCGACGUGCUGAUGAGAAUGGAAAAGGACCGUGCGAAACACAUGACCAUUAUACACAUUUUGAAGAAGAUGGUGCUGUGA